AUGUACUUCUUUGCAACUCCUAUUCUUAAGUACUUGGGCCAGCCUGGCGAUAUAGGCAAACACACCGGUACCACAGUUGCUUGGGUCAUCCCUAUCCGUUUCGCAUUUGCCUUCGUUUUUCCUCUCAACCACUCAUUGCCAGCUCAGGAACAUGGUGAUUGUAAUAACAUCUGGAGUGGCACUUAUAGUUCACAUAUUUGUGUUGGCUUUUUGUGUUCGUUCUCAAACUUGGAGUCAUUGGGACUAUGGCUACUGUUAACGGGGCAUGGUGGUUCAAUGCACGCAUCUUAUUUACUAACACCACUUGUGGUGGUUGUCCGCUCACUUGGACCAGUUUCUCCAUCGAAGCUUUCACAGGACUUUGGGAAUUCGCAUGUCGAUACAUGGACUGGAGCUGAUGAUUCCAAUUGCUUUACUGCCCGGGACCGGGGAUAGCCAUUCUUUCGUAUCAUGACAACCUCGAGCAUGAAAUAUAACACCCUCCGUUAUCGUUUAAAUCCCGAUCACCUUGCCGGCAAAGAGAAACUCAGUUGGAUGUGAUGAAUGAGAGAACAAUGACAAUCCAAUGGAUCAAUUUACUGUGAUUAGAAUUGUAAACUUGCUUUUGGCACAUGGUUUUUCAAAAGAUUUGGCUACAGCCUUGGCAUGAGGAACUUCACGACUAUGUAUUUCACGCUCCAUCCAUGUCACACUCAGAUAGAAUAUGUUGUACAUGUAACCACAAAUCAAAGGGUGAGUUUUAAAAAAGUCUAGUAGA